GUGGCUGCAGUGUUGAAUCAACAUCCGCACACGAACCAUCGCCUCCGUCGAUCGAAUAUAACCAUUUCUCCUAUUAUUAUUAUUAAUAUUAUUGUUAUUAUUUCGUAUUCGCCUCAUCCAGUCGUUCUUAAACAUUAUCAAAUAAUAUCGUAAUAUUUCGCCAGUUAAAAAUGCAGUCCACUCGGCUUUCAGUUAGCGCGCUGAUGAUGUUGUUACUCCUAGUAACCGGAUGCCUUUGUAGACCACAGGAUUCCAACAAUAAACAAUCAAAGGAUGGAGUCAAACCACUGGAAAGUGUGACCGGGUCUACGACUCCAUCCAAUCGGAUGAGCAGACUUCAGAAGCCCUCACAAGUUUUGAACACAGGCUUCGACGAGAUUGUCGUCGAGUCAAAUCUACAAGUGCACAACCGAGUUGGAUCUAAAAACAAAUCAAAAAUCAUGUUGCCCUCUAACUCGACGACCGCGGCUACUUCAAUGCAAACCAACAAAUCAGCCAGAUCGUUGCUGGUGUGACGCGUGCGCCGACGUACUUACAACUGAAACUAUACUAACACAGAUAUAUAAUAAUAUACUAUACCUAUACCUGUCUUAAUAUUAUUUAAAAUAAGCCACGCAAAAUUUUUUAACCAGGAUAAUAUAUUUUUAUUCAUAACGUAUCGCUUUUCGAUUUACGUUACGUUCAACAAUUAAUGCACCGAACAUGUUUGUAAUAAUAAAAUAAAAUAAUUUAAUGUAUUAUAUUUAUUUAUGAGUUUAAUGUAAGACACGAACAACAGUUAAUGUUAAGUUUCAAUUAUGCAUAAAAAGUAAGAUUUCUAUGAUUAUUUAACGAAACU